GUUCCGCCGGUGGGGGGGGCGGGGGGCAUCCCGGGGCGGCGGGGCCGAGCCGAGCCCUCCGUGCUGGCGGGGGCGGUGCUCCCGCCGGCAGCCGGGACUUCCUGUGACAGCCCAUUUCCUGGUCGGAUGGGGCCGGCGGGGGGUGGCGGUAGCGGUGGCGGGGUCGGUCCCUGACGGGCUCGGUGGCCGCCGGGAGCUCCGCCAGGCAGCGAUGCGGGCCCCGGGCCCUGCCGGCAGGCGGUCUCCGCCGUGACCCGCCGCGGGUCAGCCGGAGGGGCUGCGGCAGGCAGGCGGGCCGGCCCUGGGCGCCGCUGCGGGGGUGCAUGGAGGCACCCCCCGCCCGCAGAGAGGUGUGAAUCCCCCGGAGGACAGCGCGCCUGCUCUGCUUGGCCCCCACAAGGCGAGCGGCCCCGGGUCCCCCCUCGCCGGCCUCGGCCGGGCUGCAGGAGGAACAAGGAGAGGGGCUUGGGACCUUAAAAAUAGCGUCGCCCCCAUAACCAGGCAGCUGCUGUCGCCUGAGAAAUGAAGAAGUUUUUCGACUCGCGUCGGGAGCAGGGUGGCUCUGGCCCCGGAUCGGGCACCAGUGGCGGUGGCGGUGGCAGCAGUGGCCCGGGCAGCGGGUACAUCGGCAGGGUGUUCAGCAUCGGCCGGUACCAGGUGACGGUGGACGAGGUGCUGGCGGAAGGAGGAUUUGCAAUAGUGUUUCUUGUGAGGACUAACAAUGGAAUGAAAUGUGCCCUGAAGCGGAUGUAUGUCAACAACGAGUACGACUUGCAAGUCUGCAAAAGAGAAAUCCAAAUCAUGAGGGAUCUAUCUGGCCACAAGAACAUUGUUGGAUACAUUGAUUCCAGUAUAAACUCAGUAAGCAGUGGUGAUGUAUGGGAGGUGCUGAUACUAAUGGACUACUGUCGAGGAGGUCAAGUGGUGAACCUCAUGAACCAACGCCUGCAGACAGGGUUUACGGAGAAUGAGGUCCUGCAGAUCUUCUGCGACACCUGUGAAGCUGUAGCCAGGUUGCAUCAGUGUAAAACGCCAAUAAUCCACAGGGAUUUGAAGGUUGAAAACAUCCUGCUGCACGAUCGUGGGCACUAUGUCCUGUGUGACUUUGGAAGUGCUACUAACAAAUUCCAGAACCCUCAAACAGAAGGGGUGAAUGCGGUAGAGGAGGAGAUCAAAAAGUACACUACGUUAUCCUAUAGAGCACCAGAAAUGGUCAACCUGUAUAGUGGCAAACUUAUUACUACAAAAGCAGACAUAUGGGCCCUUGGCUGUUUACUGUACAAGCUGUGUUACUUCACCUUGCCAUUUGGGGAGAGUCAGGUGGCAAUCUGUGAUGGCAAUUUCACCAUUCCAGAUAAUUCUCGGCACUCGCAAGACAUGCACUGCCUCAUCCGGUAUAUGCUUGAGCCAGACCCUGAUAAGAGACCUGAUAUUUAUCAGGUCUCCUACUUUGCAUUCAAGCUGGCAAAGAAGGAAUGCCCAGUCCAGAAUGUCCAGAACUCUCCAAUCCCCGCUAAACUCCCAGACCCGGUUAAAGCAAGUGAAGCUGCUGCGAAGAAGAGUCAACCAAAGGCCAGGCUGACAGAUCCCAUCCCUACGACAGAAACUUCCAUAGCACCUCGCCAGAGACCUAAAGCAGGACAGACACAACCCAACCCUGGAAUUUUACCCAUUCAGCCAGCCUUGACACCUAGGAAGAGACCCACAGCUCAAGCAGCCAUUCAGGCACAAGUUGCAGGACCUGCUACCCUGGGCAGUGGUCAGCCUUCGCUACCUGCAAGUGUCCCCCAGCAAAAAGCAGCACCUCAACAGGCUCCAGCACAGCCACAAGCCAAGCAGGCGCCAGCUCCGCAGCAGGCCUCGCAGGUGCAGCCCCAGGUCCCUUCUACUCAGCCACAAGCCACACCUCAGCAUCAACAGCAGCUUUUCUUGAAGCAGCAGCUUCUGCAGCAGCAGCAGCAGCAGCAGGCUGCCUAUUACCAGCAGCAGCAGAUGAUGCAAGCUCAGCAGUUCCCAGUGAUGCAGCAAGGAGCGCCAGCACAGCAGCAGCUGAUGCAGAACUAUUACCAGCAGCAGCAGCAACAGCAACAGCAGCAGCAGAUGAUGGCCCAGCAGGCAGCAAUGCAGCAGAAGACAGCAGUAGCAGCAGUUCAGCAAAAGCAACAAGCCCCAGCGCCGCCGCAGCCCCAGGCCCAGCAAAGUGCAGCCCAGCCAGCGCAGCCACAGGAGCAAGUGAUGCAGGCACAAAUGAGGCAACAGCAAAAACCUCAAACCACGCCCCCCCCAGCAGUGCAAGGUCAGAAGCUGGGCUCUCUCACCCCUCCGUCCUCUCCCAAGACGCAGCGUGCGGGACACAGGAGGAUUCUGAGCGAUGUGACCCACAGUGCGGUUUUUGGGGUUCCAGCCAGCAAGUCUACCCAGCUUCUUCAGGCAGCUGCUGCUGAAGCCAGUCUCAAUAAGUCCAAAUCUGCUUCCACCACACCCUCGGGUUCCCCAAGGACCUCACAGCAGAAUGUCUAUAACCCGCCUGAUGUCUCCACGUGGAAUCCGUUUGACGAUGAUAACUUCUCCAAACUCACAGCUGAGGAGCUGCUGAACAAGGACUUUGCAAAGCUAGGUGACGGGAAAGCUCCGGAAAAGAUGGGCAGUUCCACAGAGAACUUGAUUCCAGGUUUCCAGCCGGCUUCAUCUGCAACCCAGGCAGAUGCAUUUGGUGGCUCUUCCUUCACUGCUGGAUCAGCAGCUGAAAAAACGAAAGACAUUCUGAGUUUGGACACUAGCCCUCCUCUUCUGACUGUGCCUGAUCCUUUCAUUCCUCUCCCGUUAUCCGACACGCCAGGUCUGCAGAGGGAUCCAGCCCUAUUCCCAGUUGUAGCUCUUGAGCUCUGUAAAGGACCUUCUGGCAGUGACAGACUUGCUUUGUACAAGGGUCAGUCUGAGAUAAUGGAGGCGAAAGCACAGCACAACUCAGAGUCGGACUACUUAACAAGAGAUGGUCCUUCAAGCAACAGUUCCUUCUACAGCAGUGAAGGAGAGGGGACAGACCAUGAAGGAGAUAUUUUGGAUUGCAGUGGGUCCAGGCCAUUGCUGAUGGAUUCGGAAGAGGAGGAGGAAACCUGCAAGUUAUGCACAGGGUUCCUGCAGUCUGCGCCCAGGGAAAGACAUGAGGCCUCCAAAGAUCCCCACUCCCAGUCUUCCCAGACUAGAGCAGGGGCAACACUAUUCCCUGCCUUCCAGUCGCACACUGGGGAGGUUUUUAACGAACCAGAUGUUUUUGCCACGGCUCCUUUCCGAAGCUCCAGAAAAGUGCCUGAUGAAGUGGAUGUCUUUACCAAAGCUCCUUUUAUCUCCAAGGGCAACGUGGCACUUAGACAUCCAGAAGAAGCAGAUGUAUUUCUGAGAGCCCCUUUCACUAAAAAGAAAAGCAUGGAAGAGUUGACUUCCCAUAGUAUGUGUAAGGAACCAUUCAUACCAACUGUUUUCCUAAGUCAAGGAGGCGAUAUCCAACACAGAGCUAACCUGAUGUUCCCAAGCCUGGAUUCGGCAAUGGGUGGGUCCACAGCCUCGGCAAGAUCUCAGUAUCCUUCUGCUGGGUUUACUCAGCCAAGCAAUCUUCAUCCCUCUUCUGUAAGAGCCAUGGAGUCCCAGGAAAACAUCCCUUCUAAAGGUGUGCUGCAAGAGCAGGGUGGCACUGCCAGUGAGAGAAACCAAGGAGGACACGCGCUGCCCCAGGAAGCCGUGCUGGGCUCCGUGGUUAACAAGCCUUUCCGUCCGCAAUCCUUAUCAAAAUAUUCCCGUCACUACAGUCCAGAAGAUGGGCAGGGUCUUGAAGUCAAGCCCAUAGCUGCUUACAAAGUGGUUUCUCAGACCAACAGGCAGGUGAUAGCAGGAUCUGUCUCUGUUGCCCCUCUGUCUUCCAGGACUACAGAGCUGCCCGGCGGGGAUCCGUUUGCUUCAGCACCCUUUCCUUCCAAAGCUGGAAAGCAAAAGCCUUAAUCUGCUGUGAGCUGGGAGGUGUGCUUCCCGUAGGACCACCUCUCGCAGGACCUUGAACCUCUUAGUUGAAAUGAAUGACAUAGCAAUAUAUAUAUAUAUAUAAAAAAAAAUAUUAUUUUUUGGUCAGAACUCUAUUUGCAGUGAUAUAUAGUUGAACCAUUUUAAGUUAUGUUAGUUAGUCUGAACGCCUGGCUCUCAGGAUCUUCAUAUCCUUUUCAGUUGCUUUUUACCUUCCUCCUCUCACUGUCGUCUCCUCCAUUUAUUUUUUAGUUGCUUUUCCAAACCAGUAAUAUUCCGUAUUUUCUGGUCCUGGCUGGGGAAAUGCAUUAUAAGAUGAAUGAAAAGGUUUAUUAAUUACAGAGCAAGUCAAGCGGGACUUGCUAGUGCUCUGGAAAGGAAGUGAUUUCACAGGUUAAAGGGUUAUUGUGACUUCUUUCCUAUCAGGGGGGCUUGUGGAAGACAGCACAGUUGUAUGUUCCUGCUGCUUGGCAGUGACAGCAACCCUGGCCGCCGUGGCUCCAGAGUGAUUCUGUCGUGUGCGUUUGUAGGUUAUGCGCACACCGAGUGGGAGCCGUGCAGGCAAUGUCUGGUACCAGGUUUGUGCAGUGCUGACGUGAGCAGAGCUGUGGCAUCGUGUGUGCAGCUUUUCUUGGCUCGCUGUGGCGUGUAGCACCUGGAAGUGCUUUUGCCGAGGGGCCUGUGCCGGAGCCCGGAGGAGUCGGUGGAAGGACUCGCAGUGCCUUCAGUCGCUUGUCUUGCAAACUCUCGGAUGCACGAACUUCAGCAAAGCAAUCUGUCAGGCUGUUACCAUUGCUGUUGUUUGGAAAAUUGAACGAUCAGGCAAAGCUUUCAGUUUUCCAUGCAUGUUUCCUGUCUGGUUAAUGCCAAAGUGUAGGACCCAGAAAUUUGCUUAUGGUGUUGUGAAGGAGGGAGCUGUGCAUUCUUACAGUAUUAAAAAUACGCCUUAUGGAAAAAUUUAUUAUGCAAACAACUCAAUAGAUGUCCUGAUCUACAUACCUCAUUUGGUGUAAUUCAGCAUUGGCUGCGAUCCGGUUAGAGCGAUUUUUAAUAGCAGAGAACUUGACUCUAUAUUUGUAAAUUCUGCCUUUUGUUUUCCUGUUGAUUAUGGAUGAACCUAAACAAAAUCCAUUCGCGCUCCUUUGGUAAUGUUUGCUCUACUUCUGAAAUACUGUGCUUUCUACCGUAUUCCCAAAGAGAAAGACAACUUCUGCUUGUUCAGUCAUUGAUGUAGUGAGUCCCAAUAUAGUGUUUGGAGGGAAAAUUGCCCAGGCUGGUAGCUGGGCAGAAACAAAGCAGACUUUGCUCCCCUUUCUUUUCACUUAAUAUAGACAGAGAUAGGAGUGAAACCUCUCAUCUUUAUUUUGCAAAAUGCCUAAUGCCUGGUUGCAUAAGUUGUCUUGGAUCUGCUAUUUCUGGCCCGCAAAGGCUACUUGUAAGCGUGGACUGCCUUUCAAAAUACGGAAUUAUAGGGACUCUUUGGGCUCCCAGUUGCUGAUGAAUCUUUGUGGUGCAGUAAUCCUUCCCCCUAACAGGUGUUGGUGCUGUAGAAUGUCUCCCAAGAACAAAUUUUGGUGGUUUUAUUUUUAAGGACUUGAUAUCUAUGGAAAAAAUCCCCAUUGACUCCGUCAGCAUCUGGCCAAGUCUCUUAAACGCCUUGCGGUGGCCGUUGCCCAAGGGAGUUGGUUCAUUAUCAUGUGAGCUGGAGCCUUGCGCUGAGGGUAAAGGACGUAUUUUGCGUUUGGGGGUCUCCCGCGAGUGGCUUUGAGGUCUUUGGGUGUUUUCAGGGGAAUUGUUGGAGCAACGGGUAGGUUGUUGAGAUCAGGACCAGGCAUACGUAGAGCAGAGGUUCCUGCCCUGCCGGCUUUCUGAUGUGUUUGUACUCAGAGAGAAAGUACUGUGAGUACUGUCACGCUAAGAGAGGGAAGGAACAGCCAUAGGUCCCCCUAACUUACUGGAGUCACACACGGGAGAGCUGCUGCAGCUGAAAAUAGACCUCAGUCUGGUUUUGCAGGGGGAAAAAACCUGACACCACCUCCCAUACGUAUCUUUGAUGUCCAAAUAAUAAGCGUUAAAGGAAUGCAACAGGCUUAUUAAAGAUGCACGUGAAGGCUGCUUAAACAAACCAGAACAUUGCACAGUCCAGGGCUGACUUGCUGCUGACUUUUAAGCCCAGCAACGUAAGGGGAGGAUGGAUGGAAAAACCCUGAAGGCCAGGAGCUGACUAGCGAAGCAUCUGCAAAUCGGAGUUACUGACUGCUCCACGUUUCCUUUCCCCUCCCCGAGUUCAGUUCCCCUCCAAAAUAUCUCCAGUCGCAAGAGAUGAGCCAAAUGUUCUGCUGGACGUGCUCGGCGUGGGGAUUGCCUGGAAGGGAGAAGGAGAAGCUUGGACUGAGGUCUUAAAGCCCUGGGGUGGGGAGGGAGAAUACUUGAAAGCAGGGAGGCUACGUUGGCUUGCGCAGCCCAGUUGCUGGCAAAUAGUGACUUGUCGAGCCCAGGUCAGGUCGAGUUGUGUGGAGCUGGGAACCUUCUGCCCUGCUCUCCUGUCCUCGGAGUAAUAUUGGUGCAUACUGGUGGUUUAGGUUUUUUUUCUGUCCUCCAUCACCACCUUUUGAAAACAGAAGUACUGUAAAGAAAUUUCGGGGUUUCCCUCGAGAUGUUUCUUCAGCGAAGCUGAGGCUGUUGUUUAUUGUGUUUUGUUGUCGUUUUCUGUUUAAAUAUACACUCGAAAGGCGGUUGUUGGUUUUGUUUUAAAUAUAUAACCCCCCCAAGUCAGUUGUUGCUGGAUUGGAUCAGUGAGAGAUGCCGAGAAUGACUGCGAUAGCAAACUGUGAAUUCAAGGGAUACCAAGGAGUCUGAGCUCGAGGGCCCAGAUUUGUUUCAGCAUGCAACCUGUGUCAUGGCCGUGCAUGCAGCCAGGAGGCUGAAUUCGGCCUCGAGCUGUUAAAUUCACUCGGGAAGCUGUUGGAAGGGAGGUCAAGCCUUGGCGGUGCAGGGAUGAAUCUGUGGAACAGGCAGAUGCUUUGCUGGAGCGAGCAGGUACUGUGUACAAAUAAGAUAUGGGUUCAAGGUAUUACCUCUGCUAACUGGAUUCAGGUUCUCCUUCCUCUUCCUUCAUUUUUACUUGAAAAAUUGCUUUGGGAUAAUUCUGUGAAACUUCUUUCAAUGCCACGUCCAGGUCUCAUUUAGCCGAUGCUGGAGCAGCAUGAGCCUGUUCCCCUUCAUGCUCGGACCGGGGCCCCUUGUCUCUUGCGUGUGUGUUCGUGUCGGCGAGGUGGAGAUGAGCUGCGUGUAGUUCAGACCUUGCUAUCCUGCACUGCCAGCCGAGGGAGAAAGGGAAAAUGCACCAAGGCGCAGCAAGGUGUGCGGGCUUGUUUACAGCCCUGAUUCAGGUCGGGUCAGGCUGAAUUUCCAGCUAGCAUUUUGGCAGCUUUUAUGUUCUUCAAGCACUUUACACAAAGAGCAAUCUAACCGUGCCCCAGAAGCUAAUGAUCCUGCCAGCAUACAUCCAGGGCUUAAAUGGUUUUAAAUCUCUUUUUGGGGGGUGGAGGCGGCUUGUUUGUAUCUCUGCAUGUGACCUAUAAAGUAAUGGGACUUUUGGUUAUGGUCAGAAAACUGAAUUUCAAUGCCUGUUAGUCUGACGUCCUUCUCAUUUCCAGCCUGUAUUCCUUCUAAUCCUGCACUGCCAGUACUGCAGCUUCAGCAUGAUGAAUUCUAAGUGGAAAUUUCAUUUCCGUAGUCUCUGAAGCUUACUGUUUUUAAUGAAUGUGGAAGAAUAAUGCUAAUUGUUUUCUUUGCCACACAACUGGUGAUCUUAAUGAAAUAAGAGCGGUAUGGCCUCAAUGCUGCAUUCCGAGGUCAGUUUUCUGAACAGAACCACUGGUUUCAUCUUUUUUUAAAGCUGUAGUAAAUUCUGUUAACUGCCCUGGGUCCUCAUGCACAGCCAGAGGGCCACAGUUAUCGCUGCAGUCCUGCGACAAUCUUAGAUUCGUGCUGGGAAAGGGACUGGUUCUUACCCAUUGCCAACUUCAGCUUGAAUGCACUUAAAGUCUCUCUUCAAAGUGAUUAAUCAGUUUCUGCAUGCAAAAAAAAAAAAAAAAAAAAAAAAAAAGCAGUUGGCUUGGCUCUCUGUGCCUCACUGCCAUGACGUUUGUACAGCGCACGUCACGGGACCAGCCGCCGUGGUGGUAACCUGCACUUUCCACAGCUCGCUGCAGUAUUUUUGGGGGACCUUCCCCACAUCUCCUCUCGCAGCCAGCUCAGCACUAGUCGUACAUGGUGUUAAGUUUACAAUCUUAGUCUCUUGAAGCCAGCGCACACUCAAUCUGUAAUGCACCCUAUGCAUGGAUCACGUAGGUGUUAGUAAGCUCGUAACGGCAAACCCGUGUAAGCAAUCAUGACACACAGCACCUGAAUCAUGUCUUCAGUGGGACUUAAGCAAGGCUGAGCGAGAUCUGUUUAAUUGCUGAACUCUCAAUCACUCCAAAGUGGUAAUCGGUUACUUUAACUCAGCUUCCACCAAAGACUUUUGUGUUGGGGAGUUGAAUUUUUGUGGGUUUUUUGGUUUGGUUUUUUUUUUUUUCUCGUGGUGUUAAAUCAAGGCCUUUCAGUACACCAAAAGACUCCAAAGCAUUUUUACAGUAGUGUCUUGACAGUGAAAUGCUGUUCCAGUUCUGAAACACAUUCCUAAAACCUGAUCAGCUCUGUUAGUGUUUCUAAAAAUAAGCCACGGCCUGUAGUUUCCAUUGUAGGCAGGGUAACUACCCUCACACAUGCCCAGAAAUACUCCGCUGUGAAGUUAGAGGGAUAACGAUGAUCCGCUGUUCCGGGAUCCCUCCCUUCCAAAGGGAGACUAUAUUGCUCGCAGGGGUGGGGAGGGCAGGCUGCUUGAUCCGUGCUGCGAGCUCCGAUGUGGAUGCAGCUGGUAGAGCAUCCCUACACGCUGAGUCCGGCAGCAAAAGAAACUCCCUUGUUUCUGCGUGGAGCGGGAAGCUGGAGCUGGAAUCGUCCGUGGUCUCCGCUAACUGUGACAAAUAAUCUGUGACUCGUGUCCUAAGAGCAGUGUUUCGUUUGCACCGCGCUGUUAUUAUGGUAAUUCUUAGCGGUCUUGGAAGUACCUCUGACUUGCAGAUUUGAUGGAGUCAGGUUUUGCACUCCAGGUGUGAUCAUCUGUGUUUCUGGUAAUCGUUAUGAAGAAAUGUUGAGUUGUAAACUUAUGUACAUUUUAUUAAAACUGUAUCUGAUUACAAUA